AUGUACGCAGCUACGUCCGGUAAAAUGAUCGAAAAAUUGGAUCGUAUAUACAUAUUAAAUAUGAUUUGUAAAGUAAACUUAACCUUGUCCAUAUUUCAAGGCAUGCUAUCAGAGGCAACAGAUAAAAUUGGUGAGAAUUCUGCUGUAGCCUCAGAUACAAAGUCGUCUAGAUUCUCAGCUACACUAAGUAGGACGGAAAAUACAUAUGCCGCCUCGAUCAUCACGGUUACAACUUCAUCUCUUAGGAUCACCAGCAGUAUUAGUAAGGCAGCUACUAAGAGUGUUCAUGACGAAACCAGAUCCAUUACCGCCUCAGCAGUAACAGUCACCAGCUCUGUCAGUCAAAAGUCGCCAGGUUCUGGUGGUGAUAGUGACGAAGAAAAUGUAUCGAUGAUGGUUUUUAUAUACGUGUUCAUUGCAGCUUCCGUGUUUAUACUAGCGUUUUUUGUAUACCGUGCAGUCACUGGAAAAAUGAAACGAAAGACAAAACGUUAUGGUGUUAUUGCUGGCGUUGAUAUGGAGAUGGCUCCGCUUGGACCGACGGAUGACGAUGACGACGAUACUACAGUAUUUGAAGUCAGGAGAAGCCGCAGACAUUAAAGAGGCACUAUUGCUGAUGUGCAGCAUUGUACAAUACUAUAAUAUUUUAGAAUAAGAUUGCAUUAUAACUUAUUUACUAGUUGUUAGAUUAAAAUGAUAAAAAUAGCAAAGUUAGAAUUAAGUGAAUAUUAUACAUUAUGAAUUUCGUUUCACUUUAGUGAAAUUUGGAAUUACGUUGCAGAUACUUUUUUCUGCUAAAUUACAGUAUUGUACUCGUGCGUUAAAGUACAGAAUAAUAUUGCAGUAUGAUCAUCCGGGUACCGGCGGGUAUCGAUAUAUGUAUUCUGCCGAAUUGAUGAGAAUUGGUAUAUUGUGCUAAAAUUUUCUUAUUGCUUUAUAGCUUAUGCAUACUUAUUAUAUUAUUCGAGUAUUUAUUAAAUUAAAU